AUGGAAAUGAUAGAUGAGCCAUCAGGUUCAAAUGGGAAGCCAUCCUACGCCCCUUUGAGGGCCAACCAAAAGGCAGGGUCCAAUGACUUUGUACGCAAGCUCUUCAAAAUUCUCGAGGGAGCCGAGUACAACGAUAUUAUUCGGUGGACCGAAGAUGGUGACAGCUUUGUUGUUCUUAACACAAACGAGUUCACGACAAAAAUACUACCACAACACUUCAAGCACUCCAAUUUCUCCAGUUUCGUGCGGCAGCUUAACAAAUACGACUUCCACAAAAUAAAGCGAACAAAUGAAGAAAAACAGAAUUCGCAAUACGGCGAGCACAGCUGGGAAUUCAAGCACCCCUUUUUCAAAAUACACGAUGAGGAUCAGCUUGACAACAUAAAGCGGAAGUCUGCUGUACAAAAAAAGAUUAUGCUGGACGAUAAUACAGUCCUGGUUAAGCAGGGCGGAGAUAAUGCAGGUGGCCUAGAUUCAACAGCAGACCUUAUUUUCAACACGGCGGUUAGCAAAUCGAAAUUCAACCAGCUCAAGCGAAAAGUCGAGACGAUUGAAGAGGAAGUCAACUAUCUUAAAAAUGAAAACUAUGAGUUAAAGCUAGGUUAUCAAAAGUCGCAAUCUCGAUACAAUACGCUAUUGGACAAUCUUAUAUCCACUAAAGAGUUCAACAACACUCUACUGACCAAUUUUAAUGUUCUAGUCAAUAGCUUGUCAUCCCAAGGACUGGAUAUACCACCCAACUUGACAUUUAAUGCGACUAUGCCUAACACACACACGAUCAAAAACACGCAGUCACCCCAAAUGAGCUCUGCAGUUCCGACAUUAUCGGUUCGUAAGCCAUCAACUAUGGACUCGAAUCCUGCUUCGACAACUCCCAACAUGAUUCUGGAUCAUCCAAUACUUCGUCCAGGUUUUCACGUUUUAUUAGUGGAAGACGACUCAAUUUGCAUACAGCUUUGUUCUAAGUUUUUGAUGAAAUAUGGGUGUACUGUGGAAGUAGUAACUGACGGUCUGUCUGCUAUAUCAACCCUAGAAAAGUUUCGGUAUGACCUUGUUUUGAUGGACAUUGUCAUGCCAAACCUUGAUGGUGCUACGGCAACCUCGAUUGUGAGGAGCUUCGAUAAUCAAACGCCUAUUAUUGCGAUGACAGGUAAUAUAGAAGACCAGGAUCUCGUCACUUAUCUACAACACGGCAUGAACGACAUUUUGGCGAAGCCGUUCACAAAGGACGACCUGCAUUCGAUGCUUAUCAGAUAUUUAAGAAAUCGCGUGCCACUAUCUGAGCAAAGAGCAGGUUCAUCGUCAAAGGACCAGCAUUCACCAUCGCUGCCACAAGAAAGUGAAGUCUCUGAUCUUAUACGCGAAGAGCCUCAAAUCAAAAAGCAGCGCGUUUAG